UGACAAUAUCAACUUGGCUGAUCUUGGGGCCAUUAAUGGAUUGGCUAAUAAUAAUGCAUUGCGCAAUAUUAAUGUUAACCAGUUUAGAGGCAGAGCUUUUCAAAUAAGAAAUACAAUUUCAGCUGACAAUAAUCCAAUUGUUACACCAUUAGUAUUAGCUUAUGUCAUUUUUGAUGAAGAUUAA